GUUUAUAUUAUCACACAAGAAGUGAACCACAAGAAGUGAAACACACAUCUCGUCUUCUCUGAAACCCAACGAGAAAGACGGCGCUUUCACACCUCCGAUCGAUUCGUCUACAUUCCCAGUCUGUGCGUGCCGAAAUGACUAGAGCUUACAGGGUAAAGGGGAAGAAGAGGAAGAACAGGGACGUUGUUGAAAAGUACCACCGUGAAGAAAAAGAAGUCGAAGAUGAAGAACAAGUUCAACCAAAGAAACCAAAUCUUCAGAAGGAAGAACCAACUCAAACACCAACAUCAUCAAUAAUAACAGAGGAAAACAAAAAUAACGAACUCAUUGGUAUCCCAAUUGCUCCUCCAACUGAAAAGAACAGUGAGAAACCAGGUGUUAUAUUUAUUCUCGAAAAAGCUUCUUUGGAAAUCGCUAAAGUCGGCAAGACUUAUCAGCUUUUGAACCCGGAUGAACAUGCUAGUUUUCUCCUCAGUCAAAAAAAGAAACCUGAUGAUUACAGACCUGAUAUUUGUCAUCAGGCACUUCUAUCUAUUUUAGAUAGCCCAUUGAAUAAAGCUGGGAGGUUGAAAAUGGUAUACAUAAGGACUGAAAAAGGCGUUCUCAUAGAGGUCAGGCCCGAUACUCGUAUUCCAAGAACAUUCAAACGGUUCGCUGGUCUCAUGUUGCAACUGCUUCAGGAAUUGAGGAUAUCUGAUGGUGGGAAACGUCUUCUCCGCAUAAUAAAAAACCCCGUAACCCAAUAUUUGCCUACCAACUCGUGGAAAGCAGGUUUAUCUUCUAGUUCAAAGAAGGUGGUAAAUAUGAAAGACUAUUUGUCAACAAUUCCAAGCAAUCUGGACCUUGUCUUUGUGGUAGGAGCAAUGGCAUAUGGGAAGGUUGAGACAGAUUACACAGAGGAUUAUAUAGCUGUUUCUGAGUACCAAUUAACUGCUGCCUACUGUAUUGCAAGGAUUUGUAAUUCCAUUGAGGGAAAGUGGAACAUAUUGUGAUUUAUGAUUUAGCUUCUUCUAUUUAAUCUGGAUGAACAAUAUAUUCUUUUGAAGAGCAUAUUCAGUUUAUGUAAUAUUUAGGGACAGGUAGGUCUGUGUCGUGUGAGCACUAGGCCUUGAAUAUUUGUCGGUUUGUUUUUAACUUUCUAUUCUAACUUAUCUCUAUAUUGUUCUA